AUGCGAUUCAAGCUGUCAGUUAUAUUUCGGUUUUUCCUAGUAUUCCUGGGAAUUUGGUUUUUAUAUUUAUACUUUGAACACUCAAAUGUUCCUACUGAAAUGGACUCUGAGGUGAUUGGCGAUGGUCUACGGGAUUAUCAUGACUACAAUUUAAUGGAAUUGGAAAGUCGACGCAGUGGGCCCGGUGAGCAUGGAGCUCCUGUGCAUUUAUCGGGGGAAGAAAAAGAAUUAUCGGAACGUGUGUUCACUGAGAACGGGUUUUGUAGGGUAGUAAGUGAUAAAAUAGCCCUGGACCGAGCAAUUCCUGAUCUUCGUCACAAACAUUGCAGUUUAAAACGGUAUUCGAGAAAUCUACCGAGCGUUUCUAUCAUAAUACCAGUCUUUCAGGAGCAUUGGACAACACUUUUGAGGAGCGUUGUUACUGUCACGAAGCGUUCUCCUCCAGGUGUUAUUAAAGAGAUCAUCCUUGUCGAUGAUGGUAGCUUUAAAGACUUUCUCAAAGAUCGCCUUGACACAUACGCAGCAAAAGAGUGGCCAACUGGAUUCUUGAAAGUAAUUCAUCACGAAAAGAGAACAGGACUUAUCACGGCUCGCCUUACGGGUGCUAAGGUGGCUACUGGAGAUGUUCUGCUUUUUCUCGACUCACAUGUCGAAGCGGGCACAAACUGGCUACCACCUUUGCUCGAUCCAAUUGUCAAAGAUUAUAAAACGGUCGUGUGCCCAUUUAUCGACGUUAUCGAUCAUGAUACAUUCGAGUAUCGAGCACAAGAUGACGGCCGUAGAGGAGCAUUUGAUUGGAACCUAAACUACAAGAGGCUUCCUCGUUUGCCAGAUGACAAGAACCACCCAGCUGAACCAUUUGACAGUCCAGUAAUGGCAGGUGGCCUUUUUGCCAUCAGUGCAAAAUGGUUCUGGGAGCUUGGAGGCUAUGAUCCUGGACUAGCUAUUUGGGGCUGCGAGCAGUACGAGCUGUCUUUCAAAAUUUGGAUGUGUGGUGGUAGGAUGAUUGAUACCCCAUGUUCCCGCAUUGGCCACAUUUACCGUGGAAAGGCCAACUUCCCAAGUGCAGAUGCAGGCGAUUUCCUAAGCAAAAACUACCGGCGUCUCAUGGACGUUUGGAUGGACGAAUACAGAGAGUUUGUUUUCCAGCGAAGACCACAUCUUAGAGGCGUCGAUCCUGGAGAUAUCACCAAUCAGACUGAAAUCAGGAAAAGACUGCAGUGUAAGUCGUUCGAUUGGUUUAUGAAGACCAUCGCAUUCGACUUGGUGAAGUACUAUCCACCUGUGAUUCCCAUCCCCGCUGCUACCGGAAAAAUUUGUAAGGCUUCAAAACAACUCUGCAUCAAUGCUGGAUCAUCCGGUGUUAUGGAACUUGGCCCACCUUCAGAAUAUAAUGGGAAGUUCCAGCUCACUUGGCAUGAAGAUAUAAUGAUUGAUGGAACAGGGAAACUGGACGAUGACGCAAGGGGCGACUGCUGGGACGUCCCCAUCACUUCCAAAGGUUCUCCGAUCAAGCGGUUCGGCUGCCACGGUCAGCGGGGUAAUCAGCACUUCGCGCUCGACUGGCUCACGGGCGUGGACGCGAACCCCGUCAUGGUUAGACACGUGGUCUCGGGCACAUGUGUGGAAACCGAUGUCGCCGGGACUCGCGUCUACGUGGCGCCUUGCGACAAAAAUAACGCCAACCAGUACUGGUACUGGGACAAGGUUCAGUGGAAGGCUGCCAAAAAACACGAGAAGCAGCUCAAUUUGGAGCCCUAA